UCUACGCUCUGCCAUCAAGCAUUGACGCUGGGGUGGUCGUCCUCGUCUUCUUCCUCGGGCCCUCGUGAUCCAGAUCUGAUCCAUCUCCGCUCCUCUGCUCUCCUCUGCUUUGCUCACCCUUCGGCGGCGGCGGGGUUCUACAGUGCCGUGGUACUGCACCGUGGCAUUGAUUGUGAAUGGAUGGCGAAAUGAGUGUCCAACACAAAGUUGACCUAGAGCGCAUGCUGCUUGAUCGAAGUGCAGAGCCGACUUACCUGCCGUUAUCCCUUUUAGAAGACAUCACAAACUGUUUCUCUGAUGAUCAGCAAAUUGGCAGCGGUGGGUUCGCGGUAGUUUACAAGGGAAUGGUGGGAAAGGGGAUGGUCGCUGUGAAGAAGUUGUCCAAAACAUUUGGUGUGCAUGAGAAUAAAUUCCAUACAGAGGUUGAGUGCCUAAUGAAGGUCAAGCACAAAAAUAUAGUGCGUUUCCUGGGAUAUUGUUCCGACACGCAAGGGAGAACUGCAAACUAUGAAGGGAAGUUUGUCAUGGCUGAGCUGCGAAACUGGUUGCUAUGUUUUGAGUAUGUUCCGAAUAGAAGCCUUGAUAAGUAUAUUACUGAUGCAUCUCACGGACUUGAAUGGAGGAAGCACUACGGGAUUAUCAAGGGAACAUGUGAGGGCUUACUUCAUCUUCACGAGAAACGCAUUCUCCACUUAGAUCUGAAGCCUGGUAAUAUAUUGCUAGAUGAUCAUAUGGUACCCAAAAUUGCUGAUUUUGGUCUAUCAAGGUGCCUUGAUAAAGAGCAAACCCGGGCUUCUACUUCGAACCCAUGUGGAUCAAUGGGAUAUUUGGCACCAGAAUCCUUUGGAGGGAAACUCACAUUCGCGUCAGACAUAUACAGUCUUGGCGUUAUCAUCGUGGAGAUACUAACAGGAGAAAAAGGGUAUCCAGAAGAUGAGGAUGUAGUUGACAAUUGGAUGAAUCGGCUGGAGGCAUCAGACCAAUGGGAGAUACAGUUGGAGCAAGUAAGAGUAUGCACUAAGAUAGGGAUACAGUGCAUGGACUUGGACCCGAAGAAGAGACCGGUUGCACAUUAUAUAAUUGAUAGGCUUGAUAAAACGGCAAGUAUCAUCAAAACUGGCAUCACUAGUUCAUCAGUUGAGCAGCAGGUCAGCUUCCUAAAGGAAGCAUGCCGCGAAGAAAAUUUUCCAAAGCUUUCAUCCAAGUACCUCGGAAAGGAUAUUAGAAAAAACCUUGUAAUGGAAGAAGAAGAACUCACAGAAUGUGUUGGGAUAACCCUCAGAGAAAAAGAAUGUGUUGAGAUAAUUAGAGAAUAUCAUUGGCAGCAAGAACAGGAAGAAGUUAUAGAUGAUAAAUUGUCAUUAUGGGGGCCGCAUGAUACAACGCAAAAUCUCAGCCCACAAGGUGCAAGUUGUUCUAGCUCUAAUGCUGGUGUGCUCAACAAAUUGGACAAUUUCAACUCAAAAGCACACAUGAAUUACGUGAAGUACGGUGGCCCUAUCUUAGAGAAUAUAGAACGUGUAAAACUUUUCAGAAUAGAGGAGCUCAAGCCAAUUCUAAAGGGUGACAAUUUUAUUGGAAAAGGUCGCUUUGGAGAAGUUUAUGAGGGUCGUGUUGAUAAUGCACGAUUAGCAAUAAGGAAGCUGAUUAGUGGCACUGUGCCACAGAAAGACCAAUUUGUUAAUGAAGUCAUCGAACAAUCUAAAGUCUGUCACAGAAACAUUGUUAAGCUCAUAGGUAUUUGUCUUGAUGUUGACAUCCCGAUGCUAGUCUAUGAGUUUGUCUCAAAAGGUAGCCUCAAUGACUUACUUCACAGCUACCAUGUGGUGCCUGUCAACUUGGGUGUGCGUUUAAGUAUUGCUGCAGAAUCAGCUGCUGGUCUAGCUUAUUUGCAUUCAAUGGGCAGUAAGAAAAUCUUACAUGGAGAUGUUAAACCAGCAAAUAUACUCUUGGGUCACAACUUUCAGCCAAAGAUCUCAGACCUAGGCACAUCAAGGAUGAUUGCAGGAGACUACGGACACACUGGAAGAAUCGCUCAACACGUCGGUAGAAUGGCUGGUGUCGUCGCUUAUAUGGACCCGGUAUACCUACAAACAGGCCUGCUGACCGAACAAAGUGAUGUCUACAGUUUUGGAGUUGUCAUCUUGGAACUCAUUAGCAGGAGGAAGGCCACAGAGUCUAACAAUAACAGCUUGGUAAGGAAUUUCCUUGAGAAUCACAAACAGGGGAGGAAAGCAACUAAGUUGUUUGAUAAAGAGAUUGCAGUGACAGGAGAUUUGGACCUUCUUGACAGUCUGGCAGAGAUUGCUGUGGAAUGUCUUGACUAUGAUGUGGAAAAAAGACCACGAAUGGUAGAUGUUGAACGGCGCCUUUCCGUACUUAAUCAAUCCCGUAAGCCGUAAAUUGACAAGCUGAUGCAUUUACAGCUUGGUUUGAACAGCAUGUUUGUUCAUUGAAUAAGCUUCUGAUGCCCAACUAUAUAUAUUAACGUCUGAAGAGGUUUAAUUUAUGUAUUUUGCUGCUGUGAACAGGUUAGCAAAAGGCUCUCCCUGAUUUUAUUCCAGAAUGAAACCACCAGUGUCUUGCAUCAAACGGUUCAUUACAUCACCCCUAUCAGGAAAUAAAAAACAAAGCAAGCAGCUAGAAAAGUAGCUGCAAACGGAUCUUUGAAAUUCUCUGCAACCGUAAGCUGUGCACGCCCUCUUUAUCAUGUAAUACAAACUACUAUGUGCCUUCACACUGUGCUUCAUUAACCAACGUAUUUAUCAUGUAAUGAACCAUAUAAGUAUUCUUCAAGUUACAUUAUGCUUCCUUUUA